AUGUAGGUUUCUAUAGUAAGAGAGAUACUAAAUUAGUAAAUGUAAGACUCAGAAAGUCAUAGGAUAAGAACUCCUAUUACUACUGCAGCCCCUCAAACCUCACUUGGGACACCUCCCAAGAAUCAAACUGACUACACCAUUGGUCAUCAUUGUCACAGGAUCAUAGCAUUAUCAACUUAGAAAUGGAAGGAUACUUUCUGAAUGGUCAUAUUUAUUUACAGAUGGAAAAAACUGAAACCAGAGAGCUAAAUAAUUUAUUCAACAUAUAGCACAGCCAGAUCCUCUGAUUUAAAACUAUGUUCUUCCUACAACAUCAGACCUCAUUUAUUACAUUCCAUGACAGGCUCAGAUAUGAAGAAGGAAGUCCCAGGUGACACACUUAGUAAAUUAGAGUGCUUGAACACAGGUUUUCUGUCUUUUCAGUAUACUUCCAAGGAGGCAGGAGCUUAGAAAACAAUUAGAUGCGAACAAACUUUAACAUCCUGAUCCAACAUCUGGUUUCCAGUACCUGGAGUCAGUACUCCAGUUUCCUAUUCUUUAUCUCAUCCAGUGCUCCAGGAUCCCAUGCAUUCACCUCUGGUUUCACUGCUGUCUUAAAACCUAUCUUGCACCUUCUCUGCUGCACUGUUGCCUCUCUUCCCUUUACACUAAUAGAUCUGGAAUGAAUCUGAGUGUUGAUCCCCAAAAAUACCCUUCAAGGAUCUCAUUGAUUUUAACAAAUGUUUCCUGUCCUGAGUUGAACAAAAGGAUUGGGAAGACAGUUGGAGGGGAAAAAAAAACUCUGGACUGUGUAGUAAGAAAAGGGAACUCUCCACAUGGGGAGAGACAGACAAUAGGAAGGAUUUCCCAAAAACCAAAAGAGAAACGUUUUCUGCUCUACCCCAGUCCCCCAGCACAGUCUUACCCCCCCUCACAGACAUGCAUGCAGCCUUCCUCACUGGCUUAAGCCUAUGAGGCUUCCGGGGAGGGGGAGGAACAUUGCUUUCCAUGACGUGAGUCCCAGGGCCUGGGCUGUGGGUGAGGUACCAUUUCCUGCCCCUGGGGUGGAGGAGGCAGGGGAGCUAAGUAGCACAUACACCUGCUCUGGGUGGGGGGAAGGGGGUUCAGUCUCACAAACCCCUUUCAUGGAGAUACCUAUAGAUCAGAUGCCUCCUCAAGGGGAAUGGAAAGAACCUGCCCCAACUUUCAACAUUUUCCACCCUAAACAUCCAACCCGGAAGAGCAGAAGAAGCAUGGCACUGCCUAAUUUGCCUCACGCAUCAGAAAAUGAGACUGUUCCAUCCAACCACACCAAGGUUUCUCUCCAAGGCCAGGGGACUGUACCUAUUCUAACCGACACAAAGAAGGCUGAGGAAGUACCUGGGCUAGGGGGACCAUCCCUUCAGGCUGAGACCAGGGCCUGGUUUCAGAAGACCCAGGCACCCUGGUUUUUGGAUGAUGGGGAAGCCCCAAUCUGGUUCCAUGGUUUUAUCACUCGGCGGGAGGCCGAGAGAUUGCUGAAAAACAAACCUCCAGGCUGCUACUUGGUGCGGUUUAGCGAGAGCGCGGUGGCCUUUGUGCUGACUUACAGGAGCCGCAGCUGCUACCGCCACUUUCUGCUGUCCCAGCAGCCAGACGGGCGCCACGUGGUGCUGGGCGAGGACAGUGCCCACGAGCGGCUGCCGGACCUGCUGCGGUACUAUACCCUGUGUCCGCUCAGCCCCUACGGGGAGCACCUCACCCAGCCCUGCGCCCGUCAGACCCCUGCUCCAACUGGUAUGUCCAUGCAAACAGAACACUCAGAAUCCAGGAAUGAAGGCAGAAAUGGAGCUACCCUGUACAGCCCAGUCUACAAACAGGAACUAGUCCCAGGGCCUGUGAACAAGGACAAUCCUGGACCUAGGGAGCCAGAAUCGGUAUCCAGGCCUAAGCCCCCUGUCCCAACCAAGCCCCAGAUACGCCCCGAACUCUAUUCCACUCCAGCCCCAAAAGCAUCCCACCCCACUGCACGCCCUGUGCCCCCUCAUCCCAUCUACCAAGAGCCAGAGGAACCCAUCGCCUUCUAUGCCAUGGGCAGAGGCAGUAAGAAGGAGAGCCUUGUCAAUGUCUACUCAGAGGUGGCUCCAAUGCCUCUUGGGCAGCACCACUUCCUACGGAAAUGCCAGUCUCGGCCUGUCACAGUAACCCAGACCUUAGAUCAAGGCACUACCUCCUCCCUCCGACAUCAGCCUCACCAGGGACAUACUCUCCCACCUAACUUUUCUCAACAGCUCCCCCAGCAUCAGGGACAGGUGCAGCUUCUUCUAGGAUCCAAUAAGCAUUGACUAGAGGUCAAGCUUUUCGGAUUGAUGAUCCCAUCUGAGUGCAGACUCAAUCCUCUGCUCCCCCUGCCAGGUUUCUCUCAUCGGUCUUCAUCAUCUCUGCCCUGGAUUCCAAGCCUCAAAAACCAAAUCUAGACACAGCUUCUCCUUCCCCCUCCCCCAAGAGGAGGGCCAGAGAGCUCAGAGGUCAGAUACCUCGGUUCCCUCUGCUACCUUCUGCCCCUGGGAGACUUGUAUCAGCUCUCUCUUAAAAGGACAGGAGCUAUAUCCAUAUGAACAAGUGCUGUGAAAUCCUCUGAGCUGUCUUGGUUUCUCCUCCUGAAGCCCGGCUUCCUUGGCCCCAAAGCCUUCAUGUCUGGGCCUCGGUCCAAUGCUGCUGUUUUGGUUUGAUGGGAACAGACGCUGAGGUGUUGUUUGCUGGUUCUUGUCUGGCUAAUAAAUCAUCCUCCCCGAACACUUCCCCUCUCAGAAAUUCAAGGUCUCCAAGCCCUGAACUCCCAUGUGCAUGUGAACAUACUACCCAAAGUUCAAUGUAAAAGCAAGCUACUGGCUUGACUGUAAGGAAGGACAGAGGAGGAAAAGGUAACAGACCAAGAGAGACUAGCCAAUGGGGACAUCUCUGGAUCUGGAGUCGGGAAACUGAAGUUCAAAUCCCACUUUAGGUACUUACUAGGUAUGUGACCCUGACAAGGCACUUAAUCUGUUUCUGCAAAUGAGGAAAUAGUAUCUUCCUCAACAACAGGAUUGUUAUGAAAAUAAAGCAAGACCAUACUCAGAGAGUGCUUAACUCAGUGUCUGAUAUAUAGUAAGUGCUUAAUAAAUGCUAAUAAAUAAAUAAAUCCCCUCUCCCCACCUCAGAGGGCAUCUAAUCUCCCCCCCUUUUUGUAGAGGGGAUGGGUAUCUCCCACUAUAACAUCUCUGACAACUAAAUUAUCUGACUUAUACAUAAAAAGACUUUUGGUGAAGAGAGACAGGCUAUUAUUGAACAACUAGAUAGUUCCUUGUUAGGAAGUUUUUCUUG